UUGAACGUUAUAAAGAGAGCGCAUACGAGUAUCUAGCCCUACAAUUCUCAUCCCCUCCCACUUUCGAUAGUAAUUGAGACUCACUGGCUGUAACAAUGUCUUCUGAACAGAAGCCAGUCACCACCCGGUCGUCAUAUCAGAAAACGAUCUACGACAGCAGACAACCCCCUCCACUUGGUACCGUCGAUGUCGACAAAGCAGAGCGGAUCGCGCGCGAGAAGCUCAGAGAUCGACAAGAUGCGUACAUGUACGUCUUUGGCAGCGCUGGCACUGCUUCCACGCAUGACCACAACCGCCGGGAGUUCGACAAGUGGAAAAUUAUACCACGCAUGCUGCGCAACGUCACGAGUCGUAAACUAGAGACCACGCUUUUCGGCGUAAAGUAUCCAUCGCCACUCCUUCUUGCACCGAUCGGCGUGCAAGGAAUCGUCCAUUCGGAUGGCGAAGAGGCGAGUGCGGCAGCUGCCAGCAACGUAGGCGUGCCAUAUAUCAUGAGCACGGCAUCAACACGGUCGAUCGAACUUGUGGCGAGAGCUAAUGGGUCGGGCCCGCGUUGGUAUCAGCUAUACUGGCCUGUAUCCAACGACAUAACGCUUUCUAUCCUGUCAAGAGUCAAGAAGGCCGGUUUCAGUGCGCUUGUAGUCACGUUGGACACGAUGCUUCUGGGUUGGCGGCCUCACGACAUCGACACGGCCUAUCUGCCCUUCUUCCAUGGCGUGGGCGCUCAGGUCGGACUGACUGACCCCGUAUAUAUGGCGCACAAAGGUCUCAAGCCGUAUUCGGAGGACGACAAGCCUGCCUGGCCCUAUGUUCCUAACCAUCUGGACGAGCUCAUUCGCAACGGCGACAAGGAUGCUCAAGAGCGUUCGAUGCUCGGGAAUGGAUGGAUUAGCGAAACGACUCCAGGCGUGUUCAAAACGUGGGAUGAUCUUCCCUUUUUGAGGCAGCAUUGGAAUGGGCCGCUCGUUCUGAAGGGUAUCAUGUGUCGACAGGAUGCGGAACUAGCGAUCGAUAAUGGAGUAGACGGCAUCGUCGUCUCUAACCAUGGAGGUCGGCAAGUGGAUGGGUCUAUAUCAUCGUUAUACGCUUUGCAUCAGAUCAUGCAAUCGCCAAAAGUCAAGGAAGCUCAAGCAAGUGGCAAACUCACCAUCUUGUUUGACUCCGGCAUUCGCACUGGUAGCGAUAUAAUCAAAGCCGUUGCGCUUGGCGCCCAAGGCGUACUGUAUGGACGGCCGUACAUUUACGCUCUUGCCAUCGGUGGGCAGAUCGGUGUAGAAAGCCAACUGAGAGCCAUCCUCGCGGAUUUGGAUAUCACACUUGGGCUGGUCGGCUACAAGGACCUUGACGAAAUCCGCGGGAAAGCUGACGAGAUUCUCGUGAAGGAUUGAUAUGGAGGAUGACACAUAGAGACCAAGCCAACGCUUUCACGCAGGCAAAUUUUGUUGCACAUCGUACGCAUCGUUCAGCAGAUCUUGCAUUGUGUAGAUGCCUCUCUGGAUCAAUAUUGUAUA